AUGAGUUUUACUGGCAAAUCAGUGAUAGUCACAGGCGCAAGUUCCGGUAUUGGAGCUGCCACAGCCAUAUUAUUUGCUGAACAAGGAGCCAGCGUAGUCAUAGUGGGACGUAAUGAAACCAAAUUGAAUUCUGUAACUGGAAAACUUCCAAAGAAUGCCAAAUCAUUGAUCCUUAAAGCUGAUGUCACUAGAGACGCUAAGAAAAUUAUUGAUGAGACUGUGAAAAAGUUUGGCAAAAUUGAUAUACUGGUUAACAAUGCAGGAUUUGGCAAACAAGGAAGUCUCACUGAUGGAAAAUUCUUGGAAGCUUAUGACAGUAUUAUGGAAACCAACGUGAGAGCUGUAGCUGAACUUACUAUGUUAGCUCUUCCACAUCUAACGAAGACUAAAGGGAAUAUCGUCAAUAUAUCUAGCAUUGCGGCCAAAAUAGUGCCCGCUGAUCCAACUUCUUUGCCUUACUGUGUUUCGAAGGCUGCUUUGGAUCAUUUUACAAGAGGAGCAGCAUUGGAAUUUGCUUCUAAAGGUAUCAGAGUCAACAGUGUCAACCCUGGGCCUGUAGCAACAGACUUCUUCACAAACAUGGGUCGCGAUGGCGCUCUCGAAGUCAUUAAAGAGAGAACUGCUCUGAAAAGAUAUAGUACUUCCGAAGAGAUUGCCGAAUUAAUUAUGUACCUUGCUAGUGAUAAAGCCCAAGGAAUCACUGGUUCAAUUAUGGUUAUUGAUAACGGAUGUCUUUUAGGACAUUAAAAUGGAUAACACAGGAGAUGGACUAAAGAACGUAGCAGAGACUGUCACAAUUAUCGGUCACUACCCGUGUUUCCACAUUCACACAAAGCUAUAGAAACUAAAAUCGUGUAUUGAAGGUUCAACUAAUACUACAACUUCGAGUUAAAACAUUUUGAAUCAAAUAUCAAUACUAUCGUAAUCGUUCCAGGACAUAAAGGUAACUAACACCUCAGAUUUUACAAUUUAAUGAUU